AUGAGGCUGACUGUGAAAGCCCAAAAGAGAGUUCUGCUGCUGUAUUUUUCCUUUGACAGAUUUCUGCUAGUCUUUAAAGUAUGGAAGCUAGCCAAUGUCACCCCAGUCUUCAAAAAGGGCAAGAAGGAGGACUCAGGGAACUACAAGCCGGUGUCCCAAGUCCAGGGAACAAGAUCUAGCUGCGGGCGCUCGUCCCCUCAGAACGUGCCGAAGCGUAAGGAAAGCACGGGACGGGUCCGCAGGGAAGCCCGCACACCUCAGAGUUCUAGAAGCUGUUGCCCCCCGGGGAAGUCUCCGCAGGACUGCCCGCUCCAGAACCGGGAGGGAACGGCCUACGAGGGCUUCGUCACCGCGCAGGUACGGGCCGCCGUUACUCCGUGUCAGCCUCCCCCCUCUUCCCCGCUGAGGCCUGCGCUCGCGGGCAGCCCCGUGACCGGGUGUGGUAGAGACUUCCAUAUCAGGAUCCUGUUACCAAUGGAUUUUCAACUGAAAAAUGCCAGGAUCGAGUGUAGCUGGCACCUGAAGAAGAUACUGCAUGGAUAUCGGCAUAUUUUAAAGCAGAGGUUGCAUAGCUGUCCAGAUCUUGUCAGUUUUAUGGUGGAGCUGAAAACUCUUUUGGAAAUUGCUUUAAAGAAUACACAAGACCUGCAUAUACCACGGCCACCAGAAUACUACUCCUGUCUUGUCAGAGAUCUAGAAAUAUUGGGUUGGAAUAAAGUUGCAUAUGUGGAUACUGGUCUUACCGCAAUCAGGCUAAGAGCUGAAGACUCAGGUGGUCGACAGCAUCUCAUCACUCUGAAGUUAAAUGCAAAGUAUCCAACAGAACCACCGGAUUGCCUCGUGGAUUUUCCUGUUCAGUUUGCUAUUUCUUGGAUGCCACAGAACUCCUUAGUAGACAUCUACAACCAGUUCCUGGUGGCAUUAGAAUCGCUGAAAGAAUUCUGGGAUGCCAUGGACGAAAUUGAUGGGAAGACAUGGGUGCUUGAGCCAGAAAAUCCCAGACGGAGUGCUACAGCAAGAAGAAUUGCGAUAGGGAACAAUGUCUCGGUGAACAUAGAGGUAGAUCCUCGCCAUCCAAACAUGCUCCCCGAGUGUUAUUUUCUCGGAGCAGAUCAUGCGGUUAACCCUUUGAGAGUUAAGCUGAACAACAACAUGCACUUAUGGGAUCCAGAAAUCAGUUUAUUACAAAACUUGAAAGACCUCUUAGAAAUUGAUUUUCCAUCUCGUGCUGUGCUAGAAAAAAGUGAUUUUGCGAAGGACUGUGGAAUCUGCUAUGCCUAUCGGCUCGAGGGCACUACUCCAGACCAAGUGUGCGACGAUCCCCGCUGUGGACAGCCUUUUCACCAUGCAUGCCUGUAUGAGUGGCUACAAAGUCUUCCUUCUAGCAGACAGAGUUUUAAUGUCAUCUUUGGUGAAUGUCCAUAUUGUAAUAAGCCUCUGACGCUGAAAUCUUCAGUGAAGAAACUUUGA